UCUCGCGAGAGAUAAAUUCCUGCAAGCGAAGAGCGAUCUUGCUCUGAUGGCGGAUGACUCUGACGACGAAAAGCAAGGAACUAGAAUUGUGAGUAACCAACCUUAUGAUGAAUCGCUAGAAGUUCCUGACGCAGAAGAAGUCGCAUCCCUCUACUCCCCCAGCCCUCGGCAGCCAGGUGCACUGCCAGGUGGACUGCUAGGUCAGAACAGAGGCAUCUCACCAGCCAUGACGGAACAGAGUGAUGACUUUGAGACAGGGCCCAUGGAGAACAAGUCGCCUGAUGUUAACCUAGAAGAGAAUGCACAUCUGGAGCCCAUUUCCCAAGCCCAGCAGCCUCUAGCUUUGCAAAGACCGGAGGCUUCCGAUGAAGAUGAUGACGAUGAUGACGACGAUGAUGAUGAUGACGAUGAUGACUCUGGAUCCAGUGACGAUGAGGAGGAUGAAGAGGACAAUGCAGGGUCUAGGUUAGAAGGAGCUUACGAUCCUGCUGAAUACGAGAACCUGGCCGUUACAUCGGAGAUCAAGGAACUGUUCCAGUAUAUCACCCGAUACACACCGCAGACCAUUGAACUAGAUCACAAACUCAAGCCUUUCAUCCCAGACUACAUCCCUGCUGUCGGCGAUAUUGAUGCCUUCAUCAAGAUCCCUCGACCCGAUGGUGAAGAAGAAUCUCUUGGUCUUACGGUCCUGGAUGAACCCUGCGCCAAGCAAUCUGAUCCUACAGUACUAGACCUGCAGCUGAGGGCCAUCUCUAAACAAACUACGAGCAAGGCUAUGACGGUUCGGAGCAUCCAGGAAGCGAGCAAGAACCCCAAGCUAAUCAACAAUUGGAUAGAAAGCAUCAGUGAUCUACACAGGUCCAAACCACCACCUACAGUGCAUUACACAAAGACAAUGCCAGAGAUUGAUGACCUGAUGCAGGAGUGGCCUGCUGAGUUUGAGGAACUCUUGAAGACCGUGGGUUUACCUACAGCGGACAUUGACUGCGAUCUGAGUCAGUACGUGGACAUGAUCUGUUCGAUCCUGGACAUCCCAGUAUACCAGAGCAAGAUCCAGGCCCUGCAUGUGCUCUUUACGCUCUUCUCAGAAUUCAAGAACUCACAGCAUUUCCAGAGUCUUGCGGAAGAGAACAAGCUCGACAACGCACUGAAGGGAGGGGCUGAAGAAGGGGAUGAAGGGGAUAGAUUAGUUCUAUGAUACAUUCCAUCCACCAUCUAAACCAGGGGGGUGUUUCACAAAGAUUCUAAGUUGAACUUAUCUCUAAGUUGGACUUAACAGUUAUGAAAAGCCGUUAGCAUCAUUGAAAAUAUUUUGUAAAAGUUAUUUCAAAAGUCCUAUUCAAAAUGCAGAGAAAAGGCAAUUUUAAGGCUACAAAUGGCUCUCCAUAAUGUUUAAGUCCAACUUAUAGUCAAGUUCGACUUAGGAUCUUUGUGAAACAUGCCCCAGGGCCCAUAACACAGAGGUCUACAAUCAUUUGCAAAAUGGCUAUGACCAAUCAGCAAUCGGAAUCGUUAUUUCAAAUUUGCAAUUGAUAGGAAACCCUUUGUGUUACAAGGCCCUAGGGGUGGUGUUCUUAAAACGAUGCUAUAUUUUUAUAAAACAAUAUUUAUUGUCAUAACAAGUCGAAAUAUGGACAUAUCAUUGGUUAAUGUCUGCAUAAAGCUGGCUACGUUGAAAAAGACAUCCGCAAGCACUAAUAGUUAGUGUUAGUGCCAAGCAAUUUUAAUUUCUUAUGACAAUUCAUAUGUUUUUCAUUCACAUAAAAGAUAACAUUGUUUUCAGAAUAUGGCCCCAUGGACCUCUUGCAUAAAUGCCUAGUAGUAAUGUAUAAACACCCCAUUCAGACAGGAAAUAAUUCAACGGAUGCACCUGUUAAAUUUCUUUGAAACAAAAUCCAUCUAUCGCGUGUCGAAAUGAAACACGGAUGAAAAGUCUGGCCACUAUUUAAUUGGUGUUCAUAGACCCUUCGGUGUGACGGACAGGCCUAGAAAUUAAUCGAGAUCUAUUUACGUUUGUGUGUCAAUUCUUUUUUCCUGACGAACUAUCUGGAAUUUGAUGGAUAAAUCCGGUGUGAAAGGGGUAUCAACUUUUAUUUAUACAAGGGUUAUAUU